UCUACACUUCCUCGUCUCGUCUGGUUGUUUUUUGCUCCAUUAUGGAUGCAAGCUUCGCAUUCGAGGCUCCUAGCGACGAGGAAUACGAAAGCGAAGAAGAAGUGGAAGAGGAGAACGGAGCUCAAAAAUCUCAGUCUCCGUGGGAGUUCGCUGCAUAUUCUGAAUCCGUCGCUGAAGAACACGCUCGAAGAAGCACAACUUCUAUAGAUCUCAAGAUUUCCAAAGCUCUCAAAGAACGCGCAUUCCAGAUUUCUAAUCACAGCGAUGAAGAAGACGUUGAAUUUGAACCUCACAAACAAGAAAAUUAUCAACCUGAAGAAGGUGACAAUGAGAAGACUGGCGGAGACAGUAAAUCGUUCUUUGCUCCGUCUGAUGGGACUUCGUUUCAUGCGAACUCUUUCAUGGAACUGAAUCUUUCUCGUCCAUUGCUUCGAGCUUGUGAAGCUCUGGGGUACCAAAAGCCAACACCUAUAUAGGCAGCGUGCAUACCAUUAGCUUUAACUGGGCGCGAUAUCUGUGGGAGUGCCAUUACUGGUUCCGGAAAGACGGCUGCUUUCACCUUACCUGUGCUGGAGAGGUUACUCUUCCGUCCUAAGCGUAUACAUGCAAUAAGGGUCCUAGUGCUUACUCCAACUAGGGAACUGGCUGUGCAGGUUCUUUUCAGUUUGUUUGUUGCGGGGAAAGCAUGAUAAUGUAACGACUGGCCAUACAAAGAUCAAGAAAUUUAUUACAUAUACAACGAUACACAAACAAAAUUCUUCUGGUUCAUUCACGACAGAGAUAUGACCACAUAGUCCACAGUAUGAUAAAGAAACUUGCGCAGUUCACUGAUAUAAGAUGUUGCCUCAUUGUUGGUGGCCUUUCAACAAAGACGCAAGAGGUAGCCUUGAGAUCAAUGCCAGAUAUUGUUGUGGCCACUCCAGGGCGUAUGAUAGAUCAUUUACGAAAUUCACAGUCAGUGGGGUUGGAAGAUCUUGCAGUUCUCAUUCUUGACGAGGCAGAUCGCCUUCUGGAACUUGGAUUUAGUGCCGAAAUUCAUGAGCUGGUUCGUCUCUGUCCUAAAGGAAGACAGACCUUGCUAUUUUCAGCUACAAUGACUGAAGAAGUUGAUGAGCUUGUCAAGCUUUCUUUAACUAGACCCUUGCGUCUUUCAGCUGAUCCAUCUGCAAAAAGACCUGCAAGAUUGACUGAGGAGGUGGUUAGGAUUCGUCGUAUGCGCGAAGCAAAUCAAGAGGCAGUUCUUCUUUCACUAUGCUGUAAAACAUUCACAUCAAAAGUGAUAAUCUUCAGUGGAACAAAACUAGCUGCACAUAGGUUGAAGAUUUUAUUUGGAUUAGUUGGUUUAACAGCUGCUGAGCUUCAUGGCAAUCUUACCCAAGUGCAGCGUCUUGAUGCUUUGGAUCUGUUCAGGAAACAGCAAGUGGAUUUUCUCAUUGCAACUGAUGUCGCUGCUCGUGGACUUGACAUAAUUGGUGUUCAAACAGUUAUAAACUUCUCAUGCCCUCGUGAUCUUACUAGCUAUGUUCAUCGAGUGGGUCGUACUGCAAGAGCUGGGCGAGAAGGAUAUGCUGUUACAUUCGUCACGGAUAAUGACCGAUCUGUUUUAAAAGCUAUCGCAAAGAGAGCUGGAUCAAAGCUGAAGAGUCGAAUGGUUGCAGAACAAUCAAUUACUAAGUGGUCUCAAAUAAUUGAACAAACAGAAGAUCAAAUUGCUGCAAUUUUCCAAGAGGAGAGUGAAGAGAGAGCCCUUAGAAAAGCUGAAAUGGAAGCAACAAAGGCAGAAAAUAUGAUUGCACAUAAGGAUGAAAUCAAUUCACGUCCUAAAAGAACCUGGUUUGCAACUGAAAAGGAGAAGAAACUUCUUGCGAAGUCUGCUAAGUCUUCCGUGGAGAAUGGUAAAAGUUCUACAAAUGAGGUUAUCAGCGCCCAGCACGCCGAAGACUUGAAGAUGAAGGAAAAGAGAAGGCAGGAGCGCGAGAAAAAUUUGCCACGAAAUAAGCGUCGGAGACUGGAAGCAGCUCGAGAGAGAUUGGAGGAUGAAGAUGAAGAUGACAAGGAGCUAGAACAGGGACGUGGAAGUGGUAAGGGGAAAGAAGGAAAAUUACUGGUUGAUCUUGCUUAUCAGCGGGCAAAAGCAGCAAAGGCUAUGACUAAGGCGCAAAUUGCUGGCAAGAUUGUGAAAAGGGCUGGGAAAACAUCAAAACGUCCCCAAAGAACUCAGUCAAGGACAGAAGAGAUGCGUGAAUUAUUCCAGGUUGAUAUGAGUGAAAGGAAACAAAAAAGCAAUCAUGCAGCUGGAAAGAAAAAGUCUAAGCAAUUCAAGAGCAAAUCACGGUAUAAACGGAAAUAAAAUAACAAGUUGGCAACUUACAUGCUGGAGCAGUCUCCAGUCGGCAACUCAGUGGGUAGGGGUGCCUGCUUCAACGUUGAAUGCCAGCUCUUUCCAUCCUUAUCUUUCCUCAAUUUUUUUGGGGUAAUAUUUACUAUAGGAUCUGGAAUUGUGGAUUAUACAAGAGUAAUCAGGUAUGUUCUUACAUAGUUAUACCUGUUCCAUAGGCUCAAUUGUAAUCUAUUCAUUUUACACGUUUUAUUUUACAAAUCUCCCAUUUUGUUUUGGGGAGAAGAAACUGUAACAAAUUUAUUGGAAUAGACUAUAGUUGGAAAAAGAAGAAAAAUGUAAAAACAAACCCAAAUAAAAAGAAUGUUAAUUUAAGUAGUA